CUCCACCCCACAGAGUCACCACCUUACAGAGAAAGCAAGAGACUCAGACUCAUCAGAAACCAGAAAGACAAAACACCUAAACGAGCAGACACCUACGUUCAGGUGCAAACACACUGGGAAAACUGUUGAGGACAUUAUACUUUUCAGGAGGUCUGCUGUGGACAUCAAUCAACAAGAUACAUCCAACAUCCAGAACGUCGAGUCUGACCAAAGACAGGGCUGACAAACCACACAGCAUUGGAUUCAGACAACAGCAGCAGUAUGGACACUCUCCAGGGGAGAAAACCAAAGAAACCCCAUUACAUUCCUCGUCCUCCUGGCAAGCCUUUCAAAUAUCAGUGCUUCCAAUGUCCCUUCACCUGCAACAUUAAGUCUCAUCUCUUCAACCACAUGAAAUACAACCUGUGCAAGAACUCAAUUUCUCUGGUCUCUCAGCGCAUGGAGCAGACAGGGAAAACACCCAGAGUCUCUCAGCGUAGCAUUUCUUUAAAUCACAACAGUAAAGAACCCAUACUGGAGGCUGAAGCCAGCAAACCAAUAGAUACGGCCAAUGACAAGAUUGAACUAGUGGAGAUGGGUAAUGAAAGUAAUGAAAAGCCUGAAAGCCCAAUCGAGGAGGUCACUAAGGUUGUUAUUGAGCCAGUUUGUGAGAUCAGGGACAAAACUGCAGACAUGGACAUUCCACAGAACAAAAUUACUUCUGCCUUCACGCCGGUUCCACAAAUGUGUGAAAGCAAAAAUCUAUCGCUCCCUCAACACAAAGAUGACCCAUCAUCUUCAUCCAUUCCUCAGUUCUACCAACAAAUGACGCCAUGGGUCCCACCGGUUUCCACAGCACCUCUUCUCCCUCUAAUCCCAGACUAUUCGCCAUACAUGGUAACUGAGAGGUCCUUGCAUUCCCUCUACACACCAUACACACAGAACCAAGCAAAUGCCCAAGCCUACCAACUCACACCUCGAGAACCCCAGAGACCCCUGGUGCCAUCGCCUCUGGUCCCAACCAGUACAUCCCUUCUCCACCCUUUUCACUAUAGAUAUGGCCAUUCUCUUAUACCUGGUUCACUACCCUACAGCCUCUACCAACACCCUGAACUUCACAUGCCUUUACAGAGGUCCAGGUAUUUUCCUCUAGAUGUGUACAGCCAAAGAUUUUAUCCCAGAGAUUAUGGAGGGCACCAGGUCUCCCUAUCACAUUCUGACCCUUACAGCAGGCUUCCUGAGGACAGGUGUGUCCAGGAGCACAACAGAGAAAAGGGUACCCGUCACAGUCCUUUAGCAGGGUGUGCUGCCUCUGGGUCUCCAGACAGGCCAAAUGCGGCAGAUGUCACCCAGCGUGUCCCCAUUACACUCAGGCACAUAUCCCAUGGGGAGUCACAUCCAGACAAACAAUCACAACAUGUCAUGCAAGGACCAACCACAGCACCCGACAGUUUACAGAAGAAAUCAUAUGGACGACCGCAAGAGAACAUGUUACAAAAAAGAGAAAGGUAUGAACUGCAAAUCACAGGUUCCACACGAAGCAGUGACAUUUCAGAGCAGGAAGAGGAUGUAGAGUCAGAGGAAGAGCCAGGUCCUCUUAACCUUUCAAACAGUUACCAUACUGCAUCCAGCUACAUAAAGCACAACUACCUUAAUCGAGAGCUCCAUUCUGAUUCAGAAAAGAGUCAAGAGGAUGUGCCACUCAACCUCUGCCUCAGGGCACAGUCCAACAACCAAGCCCUGCCAAACAUUAAAGGCUCUGAAACUCCAAAAAAAGAAACAAUCCUAAAUGCUGAGGAAUCCACAAUUGCUCAAGCCGAAGAACAAGAUCUAGACCCAAGUGACCAGAGGCACUCAGCGGCCUUUGCUCUGUGUCAGCUUGCCAGCUCAAGGGACAUUAUCAAUGACUCCCUAAUUGGCCAAAAAGGAAUGACUGACGUCCAAAACAGCAAACACCCUCCUUCCCCAGACAAGCAUCCAGCCAAGGACGCUCUAGAAACACCCAAGCAGAGAACUCGAGCGCUGGGACAAAAACAAGCAAACAGCAGGCCACUCAGGCAGACUACUAAGAAAGCAAGGGUAAAAGAACCAGCUCGUUCCCAGAGAAAAAGGUCACAAAACUGCUGAUGCAGCCAUUUCAAAGGGUGAACAGGAAGAAGCUCUGGUCUAAAGACUCAAAGUUUCAGACUUUACAGGAAGAUGACCAGCAGCUACACUAACUACGUAAUUACUACAUUUAUAUCUGUAAAAUGUAUAAUUGUGAAGCUAUUUUCUGUAGAUUAUUUCAACAUUACGCACUGAUUUAAAAAAAAAAAAAAGGGUGGCGCAGAUUCUAUUCUUCUGGGAAUUUUGCUCUUUGACAGAUAAACUUAAAACAUGUUACACUUAACUGUUUAUAAAAGGCAGCUGGGUGGUGGUAUUUUUAAAUAAAGAAGCUUGUCAAAGUAGUAGAAUUUGAAUACAAGUAUUUGCAUAAAGUUAUUUGUGCUUGCUUGAUGUCGAGGAGCGUUUUGUGUACUGUUAGAAAAGAUUAUAACUAUAAUACAUCAAGGUCAUUAGCAAAAUAAU